AUGGAAAUCGUUUGGGAAAGGGCAAAGCUCUUAUUCCCCGUACUUGAUAACACCCAAGAAUUGCAAGACGAAUUUGAAAAUAGUUUACAACUAGAUGAUAACAUAAAUAAACUUCAUAAUGAGCUAGUUUCACUUAAUUUAUUAGAUGAAAUAACUCAAAUAAUUCAUAUAGAAGUUGGAAAUGUACUUUUAUAUAAAAUUGUUCCAGAUUUUUGGAAAGUUUUCGAGGAUUUCAAACAAGAGUCAAACGCCGAUGCUGCUCACAGAUGUGAAUUUCAUAUUUUCCGACAUGCUGUGACACAACUUUAUAAAAACUAUCGUUUAUUAUCAAAAAUGGAUAAACGUUCAAAAUCUUUACAAGAAAAAUCUGGAAUUAAAUCGACUUUUAAGUUUGAUGAAGUUUUCAAGUCAAGUUUGUUGUCUCAACUUCCAGCAAAUUUCUCAAACAUUGUCAAUGGAUUCUAUAAAGUUUCUUUCAAAGUAUUUAUUCAUUCGAAAAAGACUGAAGAAGAGGAAGAUGAAUAUAUGGAUCAACUGGAGGAGAAAGUUGAAUGUUCUGGAUGUGACUCAAUUACAAGUCUUUGUCAAUGUCAAGAACUUGUAAAUUCAUUCACUGAGACAAACUUUUGUCUUAAUAAAAUGGGAUUGCUGGACAGAAUUUCUGGUUUUACACUAACAAAUCUUAUCCAAAAUGAAAUCUCCAAACACAUCAAUGAGAAGUGUCGCGGCGAUUUCGAUACUUCACAUAUGAAGAAUUUAAAGACAUGGCUGAAUGCGAUAAUCGUUGAAUGGCUUACGAGAAUAUACAACAAUGGAUCUCUAAAAAUCGAUUCAACAAACACAAAAAUCAACGAAUGUAUUGAGCAUUUCAAAAUGAAGCUUAAAUAUUACAUGUUUGAAAAAUAUGCAAACACAAUCAUCGAUCAAUUCUUCAACAUCAUAAUUGAGUUUCCAGACUCACAGCCAGCAAUCGAUGACUUAAAACUUUGCAUGGAAAGAUUGGAUUUAAGAUCUCAUCUUGUCGAGAGUUUAAGAAGUUCAAUUGAAACGCGAUUACUUCAUCCUGGUGUUGACACAGCUGACAUCAUCACUGGUUAUGUUGCGACGAUAAAAACGAUGAGACAUUUAGAGAAGAGUGGAAUUCUUUUGCAUACAGUGACGGAACCAGUUAAAGAAUAUUUAAGAAAGGGCAGACAAGACACAGUUCGAUGUGUCAUUACAAGCUUAAUCGAAGAAACUCCUUCGGAUUUAUCGGAAGAACUUGCGAGAAGUGAAGCAAUAAAAGCUGAAGAGACAGAAAGAAGUCAAGAUGAGAUGAAUAAUUGGGAGAGUUGGAAUCCUGAUCCGAUUGAUGCUGAUCCAGAGAAGUUAUCAUCACAAAGUCGAAAGUCUGACAUCAUCUCAAUGAUUGUUGACAUUUAUGGAAGUAAAGAAUUAUUUGUCAAUGAAUAUCGCAAUCUCCUUGCUGAACGGUUACUCACCCAACUUGACUUUAAUCCUGAAAAAGAAAUUCGAAAUUUGGAACUUUUGAAGUUGAGAUUUGGUGAGAAUUUGCUGCAUAGUUGUGAAGUUAUGUUGAAGGACAUAAGCGACUCGAAAAGAAUUAAUUCUCAUAUUCAAAGUGCUGGAUUUAGUGAAGUUCUGUCGAGUGAUCCAAGUGUGUCAGCUUUGAUUGUUUCAUCGCAAUUUUGGCCAACAUUUAAAAAGGAAACAAUGGAAUUUCCAGAAGUUAUUAACAAACUUUUUGAGAAAUAUAAAAAGACUUAUGAGGAAUACAAAGGGAAUCGCACAUUGUAUUGGACGCCUCUCAAUGGUCGUGUCAAUAUUGAGAUUGAAAUUAAUGAGAAGAAGUUAGAUAUGUUUGUGACGCCAGCACAGGCGACGAUAAUUAUGCAUUUUCAAGAUCAGAAAGAAUGGGAACUCGAGAAGUUGAGUUCGUUGAUUAACAUGCCACAAUCUGUGCUUCGUCGUCGUAUUGGUUUCUGGCAACUUCAAGGCUUAAUUCGUGAAACAAAAGAAAAUCUUUUCGUACUUUGCGAUGAUGAUCAACCAGAUGACUCGAUGGAGACUCAAACAAAUGUUGUGUUGGAAGAAGAAGAAACGUGCAUGGCAUCAGCAAGUGAUCAACGAGAAGAAGAACUUCAAGUUUUCUGGUCUUACAUUCUUGGAAUGUUGACAAAUCUCGAUUCAAUGCCACUCGAACGCAUUCAUCAAAUGCUUAAAAUGUUUGCAUCUCAAGGACCGGGAUUUGAGUUUUCUCAAGAUGAACUGAAAGGUUUCUUGCAAAGAAAAGUUAGAGAACAUAAACUUGUGUAUGCUUAUGGCGUCUAUCAACUUCCCAAAGUUUAAAUUUAUCUCAUUUGAUUGUUAUUGAUUUUAAAAACAAUAAAUUUGAAUUCAUUUAUUUCACAACAUCAUCAACUUUUACUGAUUCUUCAGUUUGUUUUGUUGACGCGAUUUUACAUAAAUUUGAAAUUGUUUACAAGCUUUAUUUGUGACAAAAUUGUUUUCAUUCCCUCAACAUCCCGAAUAUAAGAAACUGAAGCAAUCAUUGAUGAUGAUGAUGAUGAUGAUGGUUAAAAUAUUGUUUAUAA